CAACUUUGCCGAAUGAACGAGCGACAACAAUUGGACGCGGCUUUCAAGGCUCCGAUCGUGUUGUACGUCCAAGGGACGCUUGGCUGGCGAUUGGUGGAGAACAAGGAAGUGAACAAGAACGAUGUGGCUGUACGGCAAUACUGCUUAGACAAACUACACAAUUCAUAAAUACUGACCACAUCCCCUGGUCAAGGAGAAGACCCCAGUAAAGACAAAAGGAAGAACUAUUGAGAAGGGCUCACAGAUGGAAUAAUCCCGUAUUCCCAUAUGACCAGGCUUCAAUGGAAGGCAAGAGGGCAACAUUAAUCACUGAAUUUAUAAUGCAAUCAAUAAUAUUGUAACAAACUUCUUUUUGUGUAGCCAUGGCAUAUGUUGUUACAAAUUAAACACGGUUUUUAAAAAAUUAUAAUUAGUCACACUAAAAUUAGUUAGCUACACAUUAUAACAUACAUCAAUAACAAUAACAUACAUCACUGUUUAAUUGACAUUAACAAAAAAAUCUCUCCAGUGUCCAUAAUUUGUUCUAUUUUUUUUAUAAAUAUGCUGAAAUUAUGAGCACAAACCACUAACUGACACCUGAACUGUGACCCACUCUUUUCUCAUGCCACGUUAAAUUAAUUUGUCGAUGUUAAAUUGUUCAUGUGAUUGCAGCUUGUUGCUUGUGUUUUUUGCUUUUGCUUUGGAACUUGACACAACUACUUAAGAAUCAGAUAUGUAUGCUGCUUUUCCAGCCUUGCGAGGAGAGGAGGACGAAGAAGGGGAUUCACAGCCCCCACAUGUUAAAGAGGAAGAGGAGGAGAUUGACGUCAGCGAGUUGCCACUGACUGUGGUUGUUGUGAAGAGUGAAGGCGACGAAGACGGACCACCUGAGUCGUCAAAUCUUCUUCGCCAUCAUCAUCACAGUCCAAGUGGAGGCCCGCCACCGGAUGAUCUCUUAGCUCCACUGUCAGGCAGCGACGACGAGGAAGAUACAAGCGAUGUAGACUGUGAAGGUGACGACAAGCAGUUGAAAAGCUCUGAAAAGAAGACAACUGAUGACGAACGUCCAAAAACUUUCAAGUGCUCCGAUUGCGAUAAAGUAUUUUCUUAUAAGUGGAAUUUGAACGCACACAUGAGAACGCACACUGGUGACAAACCUUUUAGUUGUUCAGUUUGUGGUAAAAGCUUCCCACGAAAAGGAAAUAUGGUUAGACACAUGCGAAUACACGCAAGUGCAAAACCUUGUCCUGAUUCAGCUGGUGGCGAUACACAAAAUGUCUCCUUGACUGCACACACAGCGGCGCAAAAACCUUUUGCUUGCUCACUUUGCGGUGAAUGGUAUUCCCACAAGCGCAGUUUGAAAAUACACAUGCGGACGCACACCGGAGAGAAACGCUUCAGUUGCUCGGUGUGUGGUGAAUGGUAUUCUCACAAGAGCAGCUUGAAAGUGCACAUGUGGACACACACAGGAGAGAAACGCUUCAGUUGCUCAGUUUGUGGCGAAUGUUUUACUUACAAGCACAAUUUGACAGCACACAUGGCAACCCACACGGGAGAAGCAUUCAGUUGUUCCGUUUGUGGUAAAGGUUUUACUUGUAAGCAAAAUAUGAACAUUCACAUGAGGACACACACGGGAGAAAAACCGUUCACGUGCUCUGUUUGUGAUAAAAGCUUUUCUUAUAAGUCUGCUUUGACCCAACACAUGAGAACCCACACAGGAGAAAAACCUUAUAGUUGCUCAAUUUGCGGUGAUGAAUUUGCUCAGAAGGUCACUUUGGUUGCACACAUGGCGACACACACCGGAGAAAAACCUUUCACUUGCUCAGUCUGUGGUAAAAGCCUUUCUUAUAAACAUGGUUUGAAAUCACACAUGCAAACACACACGGGAGAAAAAAGGCUCAGCUGCUCGGUAUGUGGCGACAGCUUUUCUUCCAAGCCCAGUUUGAAUAUACACAUGAGGAGACACACGGGAGAAAAACCAUUCACAUGCUCAAUUUGUCGUAGAAGCUUUUCUCACAAGAAUACUUUGACAGCACACAUGCGGACCCACGACAAAGAAUAAUAAUAUAUAUUACAGGAAUAAUGUUUUCCUCUCAGGGGCUAUUUCAGUUCUUACAAAGGGCUUCAUGAAAUGUAGGGAAAAAAUAUGGUUCAACAUUUGAACAAAUGUUCAUUAUUUUGUGUAAUUUAUUGUGUAUGAUGAUAUAGGAGCUGCUGGUUGAGGAGUGGCUGGAAGGUCAUCCCGCAGCUUGCGGGAGCAGUAUGAGGAGGAGUUGCUCUGUAUUGUUCUUUACACACGCUAC